GGUUUGUUUGUGUUGUCAAGAUCACAUCACACAUCACGACCUCGCUCGCUGCAUGUCUCUGUCGAUGGCCGCACGUCUGAUUCAGUUCAGUGCACUGGCAAGCAUGGCCACCAUGACAAACGUCACCCAGUCCCUGCCUUCCCUCGCUUACUCUUGCGCUCAGAUGCAAGAGAAUGAAGCCAAGGCAGCCAAGGCCAGCGGUCUCGAGAUGUGGACGCUCAUGUCCAGGGCGGGUCAGGCCGCGUACCACACACUGCGUGUCCACCUCCUGCAAGGCACCAAACCAAAUCACAUCACCGUGCUCGCUGGCAAAGGCAACAAUGGUGGGGAUGGCUACGUGGUGGCAGAGGCUGCACUCAAGGACGACAUCAACGUCUUGCUUGGCCAAGUUGGCGACCACAUGUCCCUCAAGGGCGACGCCGCAACUGCUCGGGACCGGUUCUUGGCGGCUGGCGGUGUGAUCACGCCCAUUGAUGACGCGUUCACCAUCCCAGAUGAUACCGACGCCAUUGUCGACGGCCUGUUUGGAACAGGGCUGUCACGGGAGAUUCGACAGGGCCCCUUCACGCGUGCCAUCGACCUCGCCUCCAAAUCAAAGGCAAAGAAACUGGCCAUUGACAUCCCAAGCGGCCUGCACGGCGACACAGGCAACGUGCUUGGCACAGUGCUCUCUGCCGAUGCAACCAUCACCUUCAUUGGUGUCAAGAAGGGCCAGUUCACGGGAAAGGCGCCGCAGCAUGUUGGCAUUCUCUACUUUGCUGGUCUCGGCGUGGAACAGGCGUUUGAUGAGAUUGUGUCAUCGCCUGCAGCCGAGCUCGUGGCCUUCAAUCGCGUCCGCCACCGCUUCAUGCCGCUUCGGCCCCUCGCUGCACACAAGGCCGCGUUUGGCAAGGUUGUGCUGCUUGGCGGCAACAACGGCAUGUCAGGUGCCAUCCGUCUGGCUGGGGAGGCGUGCCAACGAACAGGGUCUGGUCUCACGCGCACGCUCACGCACCCAGCGUCGCAGCAGGCCGUCAUGUUUGGACGCCCCGAACUCAUGGUCACCGCCGCGCAGGACGUAAACGCGUUUAGCCACUGGAUUGAUUGGGCAACUGUCCUUGCUGUCGGCCCAGGCCUUGGCCAGGAUGACUGGGCACAGGGCGUGCUGCGGCUGUUCCUGAAGCACGCGAGCAAGCCGAGUGUUGUUGAUGCGGAUGCACUGAACCUUCUUGCCAAGUCACCGCAGCACAAUCCACACUGGGUCCUCACCCCGCACCCGGGCGAAGCCGGCCGUCUCCUCGGCAUCAGGUGUCCCUGUACGUGA